AAUGAAAAUUUCCAGCGUCCCCAACGGGUCUGUCACAUUGCAAAAGACACUGACCGUCACGCGAUCGACUUCGUCUCCCAAAUCGAUCCGGAAUCGUAAUUGGCCUCGCAGUCGGACUUGUGGCUUCGUUAAUAUCUUCUUCUUGACGGAAGUUUCGCAAAGAUUUAAUCUUCGUAUCUCCGGGAAGGAAGUUAGCUCUUUCUCUGGUUGGUGAAGCCACAAGGUUAGGGUUUAAGGGUUUACAAUUCUGUUCUUAAUUAAGAUAAACAAUCGAAGAUGUUGGCGCGAUUUUUCGGAAAGCCCAAGCAAGAGACUAAUGCUCUGGCAACGCUGGACAAACUGAAUGAGACUCUUGAGAUGCUAGAGAAGAAAGACAAAGUUCUGCAGAAGAAGGCUGCUGCUGAAGUUGAAAAGGCCAAGGAAUUUACUAAAGCUAAAAAUAAAAGAGCUGCAAUACAAUGCUUAAAGCGGAAAAGGCUCUAUGAGCAGCAAAUAGAACAGCUUGGUCAAUUCCAGUUGCGCAUUCAUGAUCAGAUGAUAAUGCUAGAGGGAGCGAAAGCUACAACAGAAACGGUUGAUGCUUUGAGAACCGGAGCAGCUGCAAUGAAAGCUAUGCAGAAAGCAACUAACAUUGAUGAUGUUGACAAGACAAUGGACGAGAUCAACGAGCAGACCGAGAACAUGAAACAAAUUCAAGAAGCAUUAUCAACGCCAAUUGGUGCAGCAGCUGAUUUUGAUGAGGAUGAGUUGGAGGCAGAGCUUGAAGAACUAGAAGGAGCUGAACUGGAAAAUGAGCUUCUGCAACCUGCAACAACAGCUCCUGCUGCACCUGUACGCACUCAAGCUGGGAAACAACCGGCAAGGGUUGUUGAAGAUGAAGAUGAUGAGCUCGCAGAAUUGCAAAGGGAGAUGGCCCUUUAAGAUUUCAGUUCCAAAAUCUGAGGAACUCCAAAAACAUUGGCAGUAAUUGAGAUCAUCGUCUUGCAUUGAGUUUGUGUGCUUAUUUUUUAAUCAAUUUUCAUCUUCUGCCACUUUUCAGUGUAUAUAGAAGUCAUUAAAUAACAUCUAUUCUAUUUGAUACUUUGUUGGGGAAUUGAAGUGCUUUGUAAACUUGGGUUGUUGAAAGAUUUGGUAAUUGAAUAUAUUGUCUGGACGCAGUCCUUUGAUCUUUUGCA